AUGUCAACCUCCCAGACUGUCGUUGAAACUGUCCAGCUCGAACCCCAACCAGUCUCGAGAAAUGGAAGGAUUGCAUCACCAUCCGAAGCAGUCGCAGAAAGUACAGGCACUGCAGGCCGCGAAUCCAGCUUGCCUGUCUUCAAGGUACUAGUCGCAGGAUUCUCCUUCUUCUGUGCUGGACUCAAUGAUGGGACGCUGGGUCCAUUGAUUCCUUACAUACGGUCCACGUUCCAUACAGGAACAGGAGAGGUUGCCAUCAUAUACGCAGCUACCUUCGCCGGCUGGCUCCUCGCCGCCGUCACGAAUCUCAUUCUCGCUGCUCACUUCACCUUGGGCCAACUUCUCAUGACAGGCGCCAUCUUGCAGCUCCUCUCGCAAAGCCUGCGCCCGUGGUGCCCUCUGCCAGUCUUCUGCUUGAGCUUCUUUCUUCAAGCCCUUGGCAUGGCAUACCAGGACGCGCACUCAAACACCUUCGUGAGCAGCAUCAAGAAUGUACCACAUCGAUGGCUCGGUUUUAUCCACGCUUCUUACGCCCUGGGGACCCUCGUUGGGCCCUUAAUCGCCACUGGCAUCGCCAACAUGCAGAGCUCGACUACAGACGAGGUGUGGAGGCGAUCGUAUUUUGUUCUCAUUGGUAUCGGGCUUCUGAACGUGGCAGGCGUCGCCGCUGCAUUCAGGGACUGCGGAGAGGACAAUAGGAGUGCGCACAGGAAGAAUAAGGUCGCGUUCCAGGACAUAGGUGAACUGCUGAGGACGAAGACUUUAUGGCUACUUAGUCUCUUCUACUUCUUCGAGCUGGGCGCUGCGUUGACAACCGGUGGUUGGGUCGUCGAGUUCCUCUACACGGUUCGAGGGGGUGAUCUAUCCAAGAUGGGGUACGUCCCGGCUGGCUACGCGGCUGGCCUACUUCUGGGGAGACUGCUGCUUGCGGAACCCACGUUUCGGUUUGGUGAGCAGAGAAUGCUUCUCGUGUACAGUACUAUCUGUGUUGGCUUGCAGCUCGUAUUUUGGCUCCAACCUAAUAUCGUAGCUUCUGCCACGGCACUCAGUCUAAUGGGAUUCUUCUUUGGGCCAUUCUUUGCUACCGGAAUGUCUGUUGCUUCCAAAAUAUUUCCGAAGAAACAUCAAUCGGCCGCUAUUGGGCUCAUAUUCGUGCUUGCUCAAGCUGGAGGCGCCAUCUUCCCAUCCAUCACUGGCCUGAUUGCUACCAGCCAGGCCGGUGUUGGCGUUCUGCAACCCGUGGUGCUGGCGCUUAUUAUCGCUGGGGGUGUAUGUUGGUGGUUGGUUCCAAAGGUGCCAGAUCACAGGGACUGA